AUGAUGGUAGAAGUGAAGAAGUACCAUCUGCCUCCGACGGCUUUGAUACCGAACUCGCCUCUUGCGCUCCUCCACUAUCCGGGCAUCUUAUCCGCUGAGUCAGAUUGUGUACCUGGCAAAAUUCACGAGCUGUUCUCCAAGAACGGAUGGGAAACACAAUGGAUCUUUCGAUAUGGCGAAACUCAGGAUUCCCACUAUCAUUCAGAAGUGCAUGAGUGUAUGGCCGUGUUGUCAGGAUCUGCGACCAUACGGUUCGGCGUUGCAGAUACGUCUGCUGAUUUGGAGGAGAGCACACACGGGUCUGCGAAGGAGGACGGCGGCAUCGAAUUACAGGCGCGGGCGGGCGAUGUUUUCAUUCUUCCGGCGGGGACUGCACAUAAGACUUUUGAUACGACCCCAAGAGCUGAGUUUGUUUUGUUGACGCCUGGUGAUGGACAUAAGGUUGCCGCAGGGGAUGUGAAGGCUGCACUGGAUAGCAUUGAACUUUCCGGCUUUACUAUGAUUGGCGCUUAUCCAAAAGGUGGUGGAAAGUGGAAUUUUGCGAAAGGAGGAGAGGAUUCUGGAGAAUAUGAAAAGGUCUGGUCGGUUCCUAAGCCUGAGAAUGACCCUGUGCUGGGAAAGGCCGAAGAAGGUCUUUACGGACAGUGGUAA